GGAAUUUCAGAAACAAGACCUUUUCAAAAUUUGUUUCUUAGUGUAAACUUUCCUUAUCCGAAUUUUUAUAUCCGAGAAUCUUCCAAUACUGAAGUAGAGGAAAGCUAAAUUAUUUAUCACUGCAGUGGCUUUGAAUUGAACAAAAACCUUUUGUUUUCGUUGCUGAUUGAAAAGAUCAAUCUGUGAGCCUCAGUAAGGAAAAUUUUUGUUCCAGUUCACAUUCGAGCUCAAUUUCACUGACUGAAUUUUGGCUGAUAUUUAAUUUUAAAAUUCUGCGCGAAAAGGCACGAUGAUUCGUCAAUCGUCAUACAUUUCGUUAACGUAUAUUCAAGGGUCUCGUUAGAAUGAAGAUUGCCAAAAUUUGAUGACAUUUUCUAUACACACGAAAUGUGCUGUCGAUUCACGUAAAAGUUACACUGACGAAUGAUUGUGCAUAUUGGAACGAACGUGUAGUUGGAUUGGAGGCGAAGCCGUCCGGCGGGCAACUCAUCCUAGGCAUGUGGAAGAUGAGCGACCUCUAGUUAUUCUCCACGCACGCAUUCGCUACGUUAAUGCAAUCGAGUUUCCGGCGGAAUACAGUGUUUGGCUAACUUUUGGGAAAUCAAUCACGCUUACCUGAUCGUGGGAUCAGCUUUCGUGGCUUCUUUGAUCUAUGCUGCAUAUUUGAUUUGCUGCAAGCCAUCACUCAAUCGUGGUUUGAUGUCGUCAGUAGUCCCCCACUCCCCAGUGAAGUUCAUACGGUCUCUCCAGCAAGCAUUGUAACCGGCUCUGGCGAAGUAGCACAGUUACUUCGUGCUUUCAAUACGCAGACUUCUCCUACGGGUCGUUGAAUUGAUAUCGCGGGUUCGAAUCCCGCAGGACUGUGCACGCUGUCCGGAGCUUUUUCUUAUUGCCCCGGAGGGCAAAUGUUAAUUUGACUAUGAGUCCCGGGUUGCAAAUUAAGAUGCAUUUCGUGCGAGCGUUUGUUGGGCUAGUCGCUGUGGUGGCAUCGGGGUCAAGCCAGGUCACUUUUUCUCGAGGUUGGCUGUCGGGAGGCAAAAGGAGCCCCUUCUUGUCGACACCAUUGAAACCCAGCAACGGUGACACGAAUUCCGAAAAUGACGGCAACGCAUUUGCAUCUCGUCACGGCCUCAUCGAUAACCAAGACCAAGUUGCCGCAAAUGUCCUUUCUUCUUCAGGCUUCGAAUCUCUGGACAAGCCAAUGUGGUCAAAAAAUCGCCCUUUCUUCUUCGUCUUGCCACUGCAGCCUAAAUCUCUUUCGCGCACUAAUGGUCUUUUACGUCGUCUUCUUCGGUCUGCUCAAAGUCAAGAAAUUACUGAUGACAUCUCGAUUAAAGAGAUCCCUGCCGUGAUUUCUCCGAAAAUGAUGGAAAUUACCUCCGGGAAAAAUAAGGAGGCUGUUCCGGGAAUCGAAUCAGCUGCUGAAGCCGAAAGAAAAAGUCACGAACACGGACAAAUUUCCGAUGGAAACGACGAAAACUACUCUUACUCUUUCAAACCUUCAUCCGGAGAAAACGAAUGGAGUCAGUCAUCCAACUUGAUUGAUUACGAAUCCCAAAUGCCCGACGAGAAUCGAUUUUAAAAAAACCAUCGGAAUUCGUUAGUUCUGAAUACAUAUGAAUGGCAAUUUUGCUGCUUCCUGCGCAGAAAAAUAAAAAAGCACAACUCUGAAGAGAAGGAAAAUAAAACGCAACUCUGCUUCGCAGCUUGAA